AGCCCGCAAAGAGGACAGAUUGGGCUCGGGAGAAAUGCUGAGCCUGGGACGGAGCGGGGAGGGCCGCGGGCGGGAAUGGUCGGGCUGCGUGAUGCUCCCGCGGCUUCUCUGACUGGCUCACGGAAGCAUCUCUCAGCGCCCGGCCGCACAUCCCCCUCCCCUCCCGUUAUAAGAGCGCUCAGAGCCGCCGGCGCCUCUGCCAGAACUGAGCCAGCGUGGACCGGCGCCUUCGAGGGUGCCGCGGCAGAGCAUCGCUCGUCCUGUCCUGGUCUCAGAGGUCUCAGCGGGCCAAGGGCACCGACCCCAGGCACGCCCCCCAAGGGCACCCGGCGCUGGGAGGUGCCCGUUUGGAAAGGAGAGGGGCGCUGCCCCGCGCGCCCCUGGCACCCCAUCUCCAAAGGGCAGAGGUGAGCUCGGCGUCUCCAAGGCGCACGCCUCCGAUGCCCGGCGAGGGCGCAGCGGCCCCUGGCGGCGAAGCCAUGAAGCCGCGUCGCUCCCUGAGCUCGGGGGUGGCCAAGCCAGAGGAGGGGGCGGCCGCGGCUGGCCGGGAGCUGGAGGUGCGGGGCGCCUCGGCGUCGUCGUUGCCCGCAGCCGUGCGGGCGGCUCUGGAGCUGGCCGAGGCGCGGCGGAAGCUUCUGGAGGCCGAAGGGCGGCGCCGGCUGGUGUCGGAGCUGGAGACUCGCGUGCACCAGCUGCACCGCGUCUUCGUCGAGGCCGAGCUGCGCAUGGCGCACCGCGCCGAGAGCCUGGGGCGCCUGGGCGGCGGCGUGGCGCAGGCCGAGCUCUACCUGGGCGCGCACGGGCAGCGGCUCAAGAAGACCCUGCGGCGCUACAAGAAGGCGCGGCCGCCGGCCCUGCUGGCCUCGGCGCUGGGCGGCUGCGUGCCCUGGGCGGCCUGCCGGAUGCACCGUGGGCGAGCUGGGGGGCCGGAGCCGCCGGAAUCGCCUUUCAAGAGGAGCCUGCACGGGACGGCUGCUGCUGCUGGGAGAGCCUUGCCGUAGAUGGGGCAGGAGGGGAUGGGGCACCUCUGGCUUCCAAGUCUGAGCCUCUUCAGUCAAGGGUGGGUGGGUCAUGGCGUCUUCUUUUAUGGCCUUUGUGGGGACAUGGGCCCAGUUCCAUGAAUGACCCCUGGCACCAGGUCUUCUAUGAAACGCUCCGCAUCAGGAAUCUGGGGAGAAAUGGGUCUCCAGGCUGCCCCUUGGAGAGAAAGAAGAAAGAGACAGGGCUGUCCCUGUCUGGCCUUGGGCAGUUUUCUGCCAUCUCGAGUCUGAUCAUGUAACAGUGUCAUGUUUCUUCAGGACCUGAAAGCGUCCCAGUUUGGCUUGUGUAACGCUGAUGCACAUUAGUUUUCUGUAUCCUGCUGUAGCCCCUUCUAAAUUACCAGAUUGGGGCAUUCAAUGAGCCCCGGAGCAAACUGAGCAAAGCGGCCCUUAUGGUGCCACAGCUUCACGUGGUCCACCCUCCACUGCCUGGGCUGACUCCUGAGGUUUAACAGACUGGACUAUGUGGCAUUGCUGGUACUGCAGAGGCUGCUCCAUUUAAUUUGGUCCUGGGCAUCCAUGGCUCACUGACAGCUUCCCUGUUUAGUUAAACAGCCAUUCAACCCCCCUUGCUUCUAAAACCCAGUUUUAUCUGUAAAGAAGGAAAUUGGUUGAUAAGAAGGACAACUCAUAUGGACUGGCUCACAUAUCAUCACAAGGUCAAGCUGAAACAGCUGGUGUCAGGACAGAUGUCUUACCAGAUGUUGACCGCUGUCAUCAAGACUUGGUUGCCGCCAGAGAUUUUCCCACUAGCUCCAACUCAAGAUUAGUAUUUUGUUUCCCCACGCUGCUGGUUAUAAUUUCUCGCCUGCUUUCUCUUUCUCAGUCAUGGGUGACUGGAUCCAAUAAGCCUGCCUUAAUUUUGCCCUCAUACGUAUGAAACCAUUUAUCAGCUGGGUCAAAUGUGCUCUGGAACUGCCCCAAGAACAGAGGCAAUCUGAACUGCCCCUCCUGCUCUUCUGGUCAUUUCAUUGAUUUGGACUCUGAAGAAACUCCUUCGCCAAUGAUUGUAUUAUAAGUCUUUUCUUGGCCUCUUGUAGAGUCCUUAACUUGCAACAAUUGGGCUUUCUUACUGGCCUGAAUGCACAGGGUUUGGCCCACAGAAAUAGCAUCGCUUCUCAUGUUGAGAAUCUUUUCCUGGUCGCAGGAAAGCAAGUGACUUCCAAUGUAAUGUAAUGAGGGCUAACUUCUCACCCCUGCUGCCAGCUAAUGGGAGCUUGAAAACAUUUUUAUAGCACUUUGGAUGUAGAUGGUGAAUUUUUUUUGUUUGCCAUUUGGUUUCCACAGGGUAGUGUUUUGGUACACAAUUGGUGAUGUACUGCUCCUGUCCAGGGGCCGUUGGAAUGAAUGGGAGCCAUUCAUAUGCCGUACCAUGGUCUUGCUUGAUCCCCAUUAAUUUCAUGUAGCUUUGGACAGAAGCACUAAGGGGUUGUGCCCUUAGCUUGUCGGUCUGCAGCCUUUCAUAAUUCAAGAGCCCAAUGUCAUCAAAAUUCAGAGCGAGUGAUCCACAAUGAGCUAGUGUAAGAGCUAGCGGAAUAAGUGAAAAUAUUAGCAUUAUUGAUAAUAGCUAUGUUGAGUCAUAAUCUAUUCUGCAGCCCAAACACUGGUUGUUUCACACCCUUUAUUAAAAGUGGCACCAUGAGGUCUCACAAUAAGUAAUCAAUAUACACAGAAGCAUCCUGCACAGUUGUUUUAGCGCACUAACAUAAAUAUGCACAUGUUGCACUCUUGGACUGCUGGUAGCAGUUAACCUCUAUCAUUGUUCUUUCUCUAAAGCAGUGUUUUCCAACCUUUUCGAUGUCACAGUGCCCUUGACCUCACUCUUCAUAUCUCACGGUACCCCUGCCAUCUUCCCCCCUCCUUCCCCUCCCAGUUCCCCUGCUUGCCACCCCCCACCUUCCCAGGGUGAAGGGAAGCACGGGGGUGGGGGUGGGUGGGAAGUGGCUGCUGACCUUGCGGCAGGCCCUGCCUCCUGGGCCAGCUCCAUAUCCUUGCUGGUGUCAGCAGGAGACACAGCAAAAGUGAUGGGGGUGGGCUGGUAGCGUUGCCACGGUACCCCUGGGACAUGCUCACGGCACCCCAGGGUACCACAGAACCCUGGUUGGGAAUCGCUGCUCUAGUCUAAAGCAUCACUAAGAAGCCCAUUAGUUCUAUAAGAAUCUUUGCCUGUCAUUCCCUUCAUAACACGGUUAUUUAACCAUCCAACCUACUUGUUCAACAGUCCUUAAAGAUUUCAUUUUCUUUUCUAAUACAGCCAUAUUUGGUUCAGCACUUAGCUACAUUUGGCUCUAGGAGCAUAGGUUGCAGACUCCCUGCCUUAGCCUUUUGCAGCCAACAGAUUUGGAUGCAUGGCAUUUAAAAAUCUAAGCUUUGUAUAUAUUGCAAUAACUCCACUUUAAGCCAUCUCACUGAGAUGAGGUUGAAUUAGAUAUCAGCGCAGCGGUCUUCAAGUCCUGAAUGUGCUGAAAGAAAAGCUGGGCUAUGGAUAGGUGUUGAAUUCCAUGCUCAUGUACCUGCUGAUUAUAUUGCACAGUCUAAGCAAUUCUAACUGCAAGCAGGUAGACAUUCCUGGUAAAAUUGUAUUGCUUUUGCAAUUAGGUGGAGUGGUAGAGAAGAAUACGAGAGGGUUUAGAGAGGGAGGUUUUGAAGAGAACACAAAUAACAUGCUUUCACAAUAUGUAUGCCCAGACAGUUUUUUGUUCCUUUAGGAAGAUCACGAUCAGUUACAAGACGAACUGGACAGAUUAAAGCGUUGCUGUUUAUUCUCCAGGCUCUUUUUGGGUGAACGUCUGUUAUCCUUUCACUCUUUUGGAUUGAAUGUCUUUUAUCCGUUGACUGCUACAGGAGAGAAUUUAUCCGUGCAUUUUAAAAAAUGCUGACGUGUGGGCUGUGCUGCAUUUUUGUGAGUUGCAAGAACUACCUGAAUGUGGAAGAGAGACAGCUGGUCUCUUAUGUAAUCUUAGCCUCCCGGAUGUUUCUCAUGAAUGAUUUCUGACCUACUGAUGCUGUCCUUAGGCUUGGUGGGAAUGAAUGUACAAACUUGUCUCAUGGGCAUCUGCUGGAAGACAGCACCUAUUUCUUACCUAAAUAAACAUUUUGCUCAUUUCAUAAGAAAUCUUUGGGGAUCUUUGAGGUCAUCAUGUAAUUGAAAUGGGAGAGACCUUGCAUGACCUCGAGUCCCAGAGUUUGCCCAGCUUUCCUAGGUUCAGACAUUGAUUGGGGGUAAGUGGGGGAGAAGAAGGUGGGAAAGAUCCACAAUCCAUGCACAGUCCUUGAUCCUUAUGCUAUGAAGGAUGGUGUUAUUAAUGCAAAGGCUUUAAUCCACAAACCACUUUAUCUGGAGCAGUAUCAUUAAAAUAAGUGAUGCUUCUCGAGAAGCCUUCUGGAAAUCCAAACAUUUUGUGGUGCCAGACAUUUUGUGGUGUAGAUGACAUAUUUGGGGUAUGAGUGCUUGUUGGUAAAUGUCAGACGCUUAAGAAGGGGGAUGAAUGGUAAUCAGAAAGCAAUCCAUAUCCUGAUAGUCGCUGUUCUGAACAUGUAGACAUUCCCCAAGUUGGUGCAUGAAAGAGGAAUGCAGACUAUAUUCUGGGGCACUUGCAAUGAAAAAGCAGAGCAGUAAUCCUUAUUCGGAUCCAAAGGUGCAUGAUGUGUGAACUCAUGAGGGAUGGUUACAGCCCGGUUCAGAUUUAGUGGUGGUGGUGGUGCUGAACGGCUCCUGGAGUCUGAGCAAGCUUGUGCUGAUGUGUUUGCCUUCCUGGAGGACAAAUGGAGGCGGGUGGGCGUCAUGAUGUUCCUGACAUGUCUUCAAUAAAAGCCUUGAACCAA